AUGCUUGACUCCGAACGUCGAUCGAGCCUCUUGGCUCUGCUGCUGCUGCUACUGUCGAUAAGCUGCUGCAGCUGCUCGGCUGAAAAGGUCUACUACCUCGAGGUGUCGGAGAGCGCCGCGCCCGGCACCCGUAUCGGCUUCAUCAACGUCGACGUCAACAAGCCCUACCUGAUAGUGCCGGUCUCGGGCAGCGCCAUCGACAGCGACUUCAGCAUCGAUCACGUCACCGGCGAGAUCAAGUCCAAGGCAUGGCUGGAUCGCGAGUCCCGGCCCCUCUACAGCCUCCUCGUGCUGCCCCAGAACGUGCGCGUCGUCAUCAAGAUCCUCGACGAGAACGACAACGCGCCGCAGUUCCCCGUGGAGCGCGUGGACAUCGAGUUCCCGGAGAAUCUGCCGCGCGGCUCUAAGCGCGCCCUGCCCCCCGCCAAGGAUCCGGACCUCGAUCGUUACAGCACCCAGCGCUACGACAUCAUCGCCGGCAAUCACGGCGACUCGUUCAAGCUGGUGGCGCAUCGCGGCUACGACGGCAUACUCUAUCUCGAUCUGCAGAACAGCGUCGCGCUGGAUCACGAGCAGCGCUCGAGCUAUCAGCUGCUGAUCAAGGCCUUCGACGGUGGCUCGCCACCGCUCAGCUCCCAGCUGCAGGUCAACGUCACCGUGCAGGAUGUGAACGACAACGCGCCCGUCUUCGAGAAGAACGCCUACGUGGUGGAGCUGUACGAGAACGCGACGCUGGGCACGCCGAUACUGCAGUUGCAGGCCCGGGACGCCGAUUCGGGCGACAACGGACGCGUCGUCUACUCGAUCAAUCGACGUCAGUCCGAUCGCGAGAAGAUCUUCGAGAUCGACGAGGCCACGGGCCUGGUGAGCCUCGGCAAGCCGCUCGACUUCGAGACCAAGGAGCGUCACGAGAUAGUCGUAGUGGCGCGCGAUCUUGGCGCUCAGCCGCUCGAGGCCAGCACCUUCGUCACGAUCUUCGUCGUGGACGUGAACGACAACGAGCCCGUGAUCAACGUGCACUUCCUGUCGGACGACGCCUCGCCCAAGGUCAGCGAGAACGCACCGCCCGGCGAGCUGGUGGCGCGCAUCAGCAUCAGCGAUCCGGACUCGCAGCACGAGUACCUCAACGCCACGGUCAAUCUCACCGGUGGCGAGAAUCACUUCGGCCUGGCGACCCACGAGAACACGCUCUAUCUCGUGGUGGAGGACCAGCUGCUGGAUCGCGAGUCCAAGUCCAGGUACGAGCUCGUCGUCGAGGCCAUCGAUUCGGGCCAGCCACCUCUCAAGGCGUCCAAGAGUUUCCAGCUUCUCGUCUCGGACGAGAACGACAACGCGCCGGAAUUCGAUCGGCCGAUUUACGAGUGCGAUCUGUUGGCUUCGGCCGAGCCGGGAAGCUCCCUGGUGAGCGUCCAGGCCCGUGAUCCCGAUGAGGAGCUCAACGGCCAAGUGAGAUACUCGAUACUGGGAAACUCCAGCUGGUUCGAGAUCAACGAGGAGACGGGCCUGAUAACGACCAAAUCGCCGAUCGAUUGCAACGUCGACGCGACACCCGUGCUAGUGGUGGAGGCUCGAGAUCUCGGGGAACCGUCUCUGGCGAGCACCGCGACGGUGCGCGUAUCCAUCAGAGACUCGGACAACAACGAGCCGGUUUUCGAUAAGCCUUUCUACAACGUGUCUUUACCCGAAGAUUUUCCCAUCGGCAAUUGUUUCUUCAAGAUGACAGCUGUGGACUACGAUUGCGGUAUCAACUCCAUGAUCAAUUACACGAUUUUCAAGAGCACCAGCUCGGACGAUCUGUUCGUCGUCGAUCCAGUGAGCGGAGACGUUUGCUUGAAGAACAAUUUGGACCGAGAAAAGUCCGAGGUCGAGGAAAUCCUAAUCGCAGCCGUUGACAAAGGUGGUUUGAGCGCGUACUCACUCGUCCGCAUCAACAUCAUCGACGUAAACAACAAUCAUCCGACUUUCCUGCGCAGCGAGUACAACGUUACGAUCGAAAUCAACAACAGCAAUGCAUUAAAUAAUCAGAAGCAGCAGCGGUCGGCGAUCGUGCGCUGCUCGGCCCACGACGCCGACGCCGGCUACUUCGGCCGCGUGCAGUACUACUUUCUCAACAGCCAGGGCGGCCAGGACGUGUUUCGCAUCGACAAGGACACGGGCGAGAUCUUUCUCGAUCGGCCGGACCUCGUCAACAAUCACGUGGUCUAUCAGUUUCACGUGGUGGCUAUAGACUACGGCGGCCUGAAGAGCAAGAACGAGGCCGUCGUAAGGAUCACCGCGGUGCUGAAAAACUCGUCGUUCGUUCGGUGCAGUUGGCCGCGGCAGAUCGUGGAGGCGAGGGAAGAUCUGCCGAUCGAUUCGGAGAUCGGUUUCGUCGAGGUCGCCGCUACCAGCAGCAGUGGCAGUAGCGGUAGCGGCUACUCGUUCUCCCUGCAGCCCCGGGACAACGCCGACUGGCUACUGGACACUUCGACGGGUGCUCUGCGCACCAAACGGCCACUGGAUCGCGAGGCCCGCGAUCACUACCUACUGAGCGUCCGUCUCAACGACACCGUCUCCGUCGGCUACUGCCAGAUCGAGGUGCGAGUCGUCGACGUCAACGACAAUCCACCCGAGUUCCAGCUGACCCAGGCGAGGAUAUCCGUGCCCGAAUCGUACGCGCUGCACAGCACCCUGUACAUAGCCAGCGCUCGGGAUCGGGACGUAGUACCGAGUGGAAUCCCCGUGCGAUACUCGAUCAAGGACAAGCAGGAGCAGCAGCUGUUCGGCUGCGACGCCGAGUCCGGCGAGAUAUUUCUCAUCGCUCGGCUGGAUUACGAGCGACAACAGAGACAUCGGCUGGUUGUGGUGGCGCAAGACGGCGACGGGCUGCAGUCCAAGCUCGAGCUGGACGUCGAGGUGCAGGACGUCAACGACAACAGUCCGAUUUUCGAGCAGGAUCGGAUAUUCUUGACGAUCAAGGAAAAUUACCACUCGCCUUAUCCCAUAUUCAAGCUACAAGCGAGCGACAGCGACUCGGGCAGAAACGCCCGUCUUCAGUAUCAGAUCCUCGACGACGACAACGACUCGGGCCCGCUCGACAUCAAUCCCGACACGGGCUGGCUGACGCUGAAUCGUGGCUUCGAUCGCGAGGCCAACGACAGUCACGUAUUUCGCAUCCAAGCCAGCGAUUGCGGCCUGUUUCCCCUCACGGCCACCGUCGAGCUUCGCAUCCAGGUGCUCGACGAGAACGACAAUCCGCCUCGAUUCGCGCGCGACUCCUACUCCUACGAGAUCGUGGAGAACGCCGAGGCCGACGUGUAUCUGCUGGAUUUGGUGGCUCACGACGCUGAUCAAGCCGACAACUCGCGACUCGAGUAUUCGCUCAGGCCGCAGGACGAUCACGUGAAGAUCGACCCGAGGUCGGGCAAGAUCACGAUCAGAGCGAGUCAGCUGGAUCGCGAGACCACCGAGCUGUACAGGUACGUGGUGGAGGCGCACGAUCACGGCAGCCCGAGGCUGGUGGCCAGGGUGCCGCUGGAGAUCAGGGUGCUCGACGCCAACGACAACUCGCCGAUCUUUCUCACGCGCAAAGAUCUCGCUGUGCACGCGCGAGAGUAUCAGCCGGUCAACACGUUCGUCGUGCAGAUGCAGGCUGUGGAUUACGACGCCGGUGACAAUGGGCGAAUCGCUUAUUCCAUCAAGCCCGAAAAUAAGACUCGAAGCCACGAAAUGUUCAGCAUCGACGAGAGCAGCGGCGUGAUAAGACUCAGGGAGGUGCUGGUCCAAGAGGAGUGCGACUCUUACGACGUCUUGGUCGCCGCGACCGAUCUCGGCAAUCCACCACGACAGAGCGUCGAUUCUCUUCGAGUCAGAGUCAUCUCCCUGACGGAUCAGCAACGCAUCUCUUCCAACUAUGUAUUGCGUUUCGAGGUGUAUGAGGACAUCGACGUAGGCGAGCAGAUCGGCAGUCUGCCGCGCAUCUUCAGCGCCGGUCAUCGCGUCAACUACACGAUUCUGUCCGUGACACCGGCAGACAGCUCGACUCUGUUCGAGGUCGAAUCACCGAGCGGAAAAAUAAUCGUCACCGACAGCCUCGAUUACGAAAAGGUCCUCGAGUACAAUCUCGAGAUCGAGGCGGUGGAUCUCACCGCCACCGGCGGUGGAGUCUCGGUGCUGUUCUCGGUGACCUGCGUCGUCCUCGACGUGGACGACAACGCGCCCGCCUGGCCCGAGGAUCCGGUGUUCAUCGAGAUGUCGGAGUGCGCCGCGCUGGGCUCGCGCAUCCAUCAGUUCCGAGCGCAGGACGCCGACAACGACGGCGACGUCGAGCUGAGAUACAGCAUGAGCAACGAGCAUCCGCCGGGCUCGGCCGAUCUCUUUCAUCUGGACGCCAUCACGGGCAUACUGUCGCUGAAGAAGCGUCUGGAUUACGAGACCGUGUCCGAGUACUUUUUCCGCGUCAAGGCCGAGGCGGGAAGUCGUAGCUCGUGGUGCUCGGUGAGGAUCGGCCUGCUGGACGAGAACGACAACGAUCCGCGUUUCGUCGUGCCGCGAAACGGCGAGGCACCGCUGCUCGUACCAGUGAACGCCAAGAAAGGCUCGCAGAUCCAGCGUAUAAUCGCCGUCGACGAGGACAGCGGCGAGAACGGCCGCGUGACCUAUCACCUCAAGCGCGAGCAAAACUACGUGAGCCUGAACGAGACAACGGGCAGCUUGAGCCUGCUGAGAUCGCUGCCGGACAGCGGCCUCGAGAUCGACGUAGUGGCCAGCGACCAAGGCUCGCCCACGAGCAGAUCGACCAGCAUGAGGCUCCGACUGAUCAGCAACGGGCAGGCGCAGAAGAUCUCGUCGUCGCAGAUCUUUUACUCUCAGCCGAGCGUGCGAGUGUCCGAGACGACGCGAAUAGGCACGAGGAUCGCCGAUCUCGAGCAGUUCACCCUGUCGUACUUCGAGAACGUCACUUUCUCCGUGCCGGAGCAGCAGCGGCAGUACAGCGCCGAAUUCGAGGUGCUGAGCGACGGCGGCGUCGUGCUCAGGGCCGCCCUGGAUCGCGAGCGAGUAGCCUCGUACUCGGUGCCGGUGUUGGCGCGCUCCAAGCGCCAAGUGGACGCGACGACGCUGCGCGUGGCCGUGCUCGACGAGAACGACAACAGGCCGAGCUUCGCGGCCGAGUCCUGCGCGGGAAAUCAUCUGGUGGUGCCGGAGAACAGUGGCGAGGGGGCGCCGAUGGCCGUGCACCGGGUCACGGCCCACGAUCCGGACGAGGCCGAGAACGCCACGAUCGUCUACACGAUUCACGCGGGCGACGACGACAACGAGUUCGAGCUCGACGAGACAAGCGGCCUGUUGACGGCUUCUAGUCUCGAUCGCGAGAAGACCGCCAGAUACGUGCUGAUUAUCAAGGCCAGCGAUCAGGGCACGCCGAGCCUCGAGUCCUACUGCAAUCUCACCGUCACGGUGCUCGACGACAACGACAACGCGCCCCUCUUCAUCGAGAACGAGUACACGGUUAAGCGAAACGAUGAUGUUUUUGACGACGACGACGACGACGACGAGUGCUCUCGAAACAAGGCCACGAGCUCGUCGUCGUGCAACGCCACGAGAAGCUACGAGGCCCACGUCACGGAGAAUCUGCCGAUCGGCACGAGCGUGAUGAAGCUCACGGCGGUGGAUCCGGAUCACGGCGUCAACGGCAAGGUCAUCUACUCGAUGAGCGACGAGACCUUUUACGAGUUCAAUAUCGACAAUCUAACGGGAGUCAUCACAACGUCAGGACCUAUCGAUUACGAAAAGCGCAAGCACUACUCGUUCAAAGUUCUGGCAACGGACAGCGGCAGGUCGACAGUGCGAUCGACGUUCUGCCGCGUCGACAUCUACGUGAAAGACGUCAACGACAAUCGUCCCGUAUUCAACGAGUACCUUUACCAAAUCGAUCUGCCGGCCGACACCCCGGCGAACCAGGAGGUGUUACGAGUCGAGGCUCGCGACGCCGACGACGAGCUCAACGGCCAAAUCGUUUACACUAUCGUGCACGACGACGUGGACGACGGCGACGCGAAAAAAUUCAUCAUCAACGAGAGAUCCGGCUCUAUCAGCGCGACGCAGUCGCUGCGCGAAAACGAGACGAGACUGUAUCGCUUGAAAGUCGUGGCCGCGGAUAAGGGCACUCCGUCUCUACGUACGCAAGCCCUCGUGGAGUUUCGACUCGUGGGUCGUGGCGCUACCGCUACGGAUCAUCUACACGCCAACGCGGCCGCGCUGCAAUUCCAGAGCAGCGUCUACACGAUCGAGAUCCGAGAAAAUCUGCCCGCUCGCACGGAGAUUCUGCAGGUGACGGCGCUCAGGUACAACGGCCGCAAGCAGCAGGUGUCGUACUACAUCGGGGCGGGCGACGACGAGGGCCGUUUCGAGGUCGAUCGACAGUCCGGGGUGAUCAGGGUGCACGACCCCGGCCAGCUGGACUACGAGCUGUGGAAGGGUCGCUCGAUCAAUCUGACGCUUUUAGCAAAGACGCCGGACGACGGGCCGCUCGUCAGGGAGGCCUACGCCAAGCUCAACGUGUUUCUCAAGGAUGCCAACGACAACGCGCCGAUUUUCACGCAAAGCGAGUACUUUGCCACGGUGGCCGAGGGCAAGCCCAAGAAUUUCUUCGUCGCCAAACUACUAGCCAUCGACGAGGACGAGAAAUCCAACGGCCAGGUCACCUACAACAUCGUCGACGGCAACGUGGACAACGCCUUCGUCGUGCAGUCGUCCGGUGUGGGCGUGGUGCGCACCAACAUCGUGCUGGAUCGCGAGAUACGCGAGCGCUACAGCCUGACGCUCAUCGCCACGGACAGCGGCAGUCCCCAGAGGACUGGCAGCGCGACCCUCAACAUACGCGUCAUGGACGUAAACGACAAUCGGCCGACUUUUCCGGAGUAUCAGACCAUACUCGUCCGAGAAGAUGCCGCACCCGGGGCUAUAUUGGCCACGGUUACGGCAAACGACGUCGACAGCUCGUCUCUACUCACGUACGAACUGAGCAACGUCCCGACCAGCUCCAGCUUCUCUAUCGAUCGUUACGGCGGUCGAAUCUUCAUCGUCGAACCGCUGGACGCCGAGGCUCGGUCGGAGUAUGGUCUACGCGUGACCUCGAGCGACGGCGAGCACAAAGUGGCCAUCGAUCUUAAAGUCGUCGUGGUCGACGUAAACGACAAUCCGCCGCGCUUCAAGCAGCUCGUCUAUCUCGCUACGCUUUCUCCAGAGCACCAAAAACUGCACACGAUCACGGACAUCGAAGCGAGCGACAACGACUCGUCCAAUCGCAACAACGUCAUAGCUUACGACUUGCUUCAGCCAGUCGAGAGAUUCGCCAUCAAUCCCUACAACGGGACUAUAUCGUUUGAAAAUUCAUUGCUCGGUAGCAGUUCUACCAGCACCAAUAACGAUGAGAUCGAGCUGACGGUGAUCGCUCGCGACAACGGCAAUCCUCAGCUCAGCGGCUUGGCGACUCUGCUGGUGCGUUUGCAGGGUGGCGACGCUCACCUGGUCAAUCAGAACGUCAAGGUCAGCCUGAAGGAGAACGCCACCCUGGGCACGAGUCUUUACAGAUUCCAUCACGGAAACGGCACGUACGAGCAGCAACAGCAGCAGCUGUACCAGACGAUCAGCGGCAACGGAAGUAAAUACUUCCAAGUAUCCGGUGACAGCGUCGUGCUGGUGGAGAAAUUGGAUCGUGAAAAAUACGAGAGGUUGUUUGUCAAUUUGAAGAAUGGCCUCGACAGUGCUUCGGAGAACUCGAUCAAUAUCCACGUGCAGGUGCAGGAUGUCAACGACAAUAGGCCGAUCUUUAAAAAUAACGAGACUUAUCUUACGAUCAAAGAAGAUAUUCCUAUCGGCAACACGCUCGCCACGCUCGAGGUUCGCGACGACGACGUCGACCUGGCCGGCGAGGUCGGCUUCGAGCUCAUGUCCGCCAGCGACGCGAAUCUGUUCAGGGUCAACGAGUCCACGGGCAGCGUGACGAUCACGCGCAGUCCCGACUGCGACAUCGGUGGAAACUCGGCUGAGUCCCAGUACCUCGUGGCGCUGGCCUGCGACAAGGAUCCUCGAGCGAGCCUCUGCUCGCUGGCUCGGCUUCAGAUACUCCUGAUCAACGUCAACGACAACCUGCCGAGAUUCGCCUCGUCGACUUAUCGCCGGGUCGUCUACGAGAACGAGCCGCUGACUCUGAUCGCCCGAGCCAUCGAUCUCGACGGCCCGGGCGCUCACGGCCAGUUCACGUACUCGAUCGCCCCGGCAGCGGCGGCGGCCGCGGAGCAGCAAGCGGACAUCUUCUCGAGCGGGUCCGACAGCGACACGGACGAGCGUUACUUCAGGAUCGAUCCAUCCUCGGGUCUGGUGACGAGCAGCGAGUCGUUUGACUACGAGCGCCGUAAGAGCUAUCGUUUCGCGAUACGCGCCACCGACCGCGACAACAACUACGCCGAAGCGCAGGUGCAGCUGGAGAUCAGGUCGCGCGACGAGUUCCAUCCGCAGUUCAGCGAGCGCGUCUAUCGCUUCAGGGUGGUGAACGCCGCGCAGAUACGCAAGGAGAAGAUCGUGGGCUACGUGAUGGCGCAGGACGCGGACGCGGGUCCCGACGGCAACACCACCUAUCACCUGGUCACGCGACAUCCGCUCUUCCGCGUCGAUCCCACCUCCGGGGCGCUGAUAUUCAAGCCCAAUCGUACGCUGCUGGCUUCUCUGUUAUCGCAGAGCAGUAGCAAGCUGAAGCUGCUGGUGCGAGCCGACAGCGGCGAGGUGAAUUCCCUGGGCAAUCUGACGCUGGUCGAGAUCGUCUACGCGACGACGAGCUCGGUAGCUGGCGGCACUGGCUCCGGCUCGUCGAGCAAGAACUCUGACUCGAUUCACGGCUUGACGGGCUACGACGACGUGAUCAACGAGACGGCGCAGCCGGGCAACGAGAAGCUCGUCGUUUGGAUCGGGGUUACCUUGCUCAUGCUCGUCGCCGGUUUUCUCGGUGUGCUCUCGUACCGGCACUUUUACGGCCAGCAGCGAGGCAAGAGGUCACCCGGUGGUGGUAUCCCCGGUGGCCCGAGUCUCAAGGUCGAGACGAACAUAGCCGUGCAGGCUGCAGCUGCUGCGGCUGCUGCUGCCGCGGCGGCUAGUAGCGGUAAUUUUGCAAAAUCUUCGGCUUACCCGUUCGCCAACUUGGCCGCCGCCCCGAGCGUGUCGUCGUCGAAGCGUCAGUUGGCCGCGAGCGAGGUGAAUUACGCCACGGCCGAGACAGUGAGCCAGAUCACCAACGCCUAUCAUCAGUCCCAGACGUCGGACUUCAACAACAUCCUGUCGAAUUACGCCGAGUACAGCCAGCCCGAGGAGAUCUUCCUGUCGGAGCUGUCGCUGAGCAAUCAGUCGGGCUCGUCGGGCCACGGCUCGGGGGAGGACGACAACGCCGAGGAGGACCUCGACGACGAGGACUUGGACGACGACGAGGAGAUCGUCAUGUACAACAAGUCCGAGAUACUGGUGGACGAUCUGAGCAACGCCUCGAUACAGAACAUACAGGACUAUCUGGCGAGGCUGGGCAUCGUCGAGGCGGCCCUGGCGCCGGGUAGCAAGCAGGGCUCCUCCAACAACGGCGGCGGAGAGCAUGGGCACCAGGGCGGCGCCGAAGUCAAUAUGGACGACGACGACGACGACGAUAUGUCGGACAAGUACUCGAGCGUGUACGAGUGUCGGCGUAAGAUCGACGCGCUGCAGGCCAACAUCGGUGGUGUCCAGCAGCAGCUGCAGCAGCUGAGCGAGCAGAGCCCGAGCGCGCCCGAGCUCGCCGGCAGCAGCUUCGAGGAGCAGUCGAGCGUCUUCUACGAUUGGAACUGCCUGCUCGACUGGAGCCCGGAGUACCAGUCGAUGGCCCACGUGUUCAGCGAGAUAGCCCGACUGAAGGACGACACGCGCAAUCUCAAUGCCUUUCUGCAGCAGCAGCAGUUGAGCGAGCAGGCCGAGGCCAAGCUCAAGUCUCUGCUGGUGCAUGUGUCCUCGGGGGCGGCAGCAGCGGCGGCUGCCUCGUCGUCGAUCGUGCCCAAGUCGCCGAUCGACUACGACGUCUCGGACUUCCCGUCGAUGGCUCUGAGUCCGAGUUUCUCACCCGCCAUGACGCCGCUGGCCAGUCGAAGCCUCGACGUCAAUCCGUCCAUACUACCCGUGCCACACAAAACUAAUCAGUAUUCCGGCGCGUCCAGCUAG